UUUCCAGUAAAAACCACCCCUCACUUCACCCCCUUCCAGCGACUCACUGAAUGGGGGUAGCAGUCCCAAACAACGUCACAUCACUCGGCCCAGACCUCAUUUCAAAGCCCUCCAAGUUUCAGACUGAUGCGACAAGGCAUGGGACCGUGGGAGCGAGGCAACGAUGUGCCUGCACUCGGCAGCAAUGGAUGCGCUGGCCCGAAGGGUCCAUGCGCCGUACAGCCUUGCCGCGUGUGUGAAUCGAGGCUGCAGUCUGGAUUGCCAAGUUAGAGGUUGCGGUGGAACUACCGGCGACGAAGACCUCGACGCGGUGAAGAUCCUUCGGCGGCGAGCCAUGGACCACUCUGCGAACGUUGCGGACCUCAGCAACUCGGAAUCGACGUCCUCAACAGCCAGUGGCAUGGAUACGCUUCGGCUCCUGUCCCUGCCGGACGACGCGCUGCUGGCCGUGCUGGCGUACUUGUCGCCCAGAGAGCUCUUCUGCUGCCGCGUGGCGUGCCGCUGCCUGAGCGAGCUCUGCCUGCACCCGGACCUGUGGCGGUCUGUGGAGUUGCGGUAUGCUCCACUGAAGGGGAGGGGCGCUACACGAGGCCUCAUGCGCGCUGCCCUGAGUCUGGCCCCUUGCCUCCGGAAAGUCUUCGUUGAAGGAGAAGCUGAGUUGGUGGAAGCCGUUGCGUCCAUGCUGUCCGCCACUGCUUGCGUCAUAGCUGGGCUGAAGCUGUCGAUUACCGGAUCGUCGGGCGUGGCCUUGGCCAGAACCAUACUGCAGGCGGUGCACUCGCUCGGCGGCCUGAAAGUGGUUGAUCUUGAGACCUCUGCGGCCUUGGAUACCACGGAUCCUGAACUCCUACACCUGGUCUACAACCUUCAGGGUUUGCGAGAACUCAAGAUUUUCAUCGGACACAAUGAAAUGCCGCAGCAGGCACUGUUAUCCAGACAGGAGCCGUCUCUAACGUCGUUUUGGUAUUGUAGUACAUCAACAGUGUACUCGGAACCGUGGCUUUCUGUGUUCCUGGAGACGCAUGCUGCGACAUUGGAAGAGGUGGAUUUGACGGAAUACUGCGGUGACGACGAGGUCUACUUGACCUUGAGAACGUUGCCAAAGCUACGUUCCGUAAACUGCCCCCCGGUUCCUGCGGCUCUGGACUUCAUUCGUCAGUCGUCGCAGCUCAGAUCCGUGGCCUUCACACCAGACUUAAUAGACGCCAUUAACUUUCCUGCUACUGGCGCACUCCAGGCCCUAACGGAAUCGCGCUCUGUCGAUGUUCUUGAGGCUCUCUACUUGUAUACCUUGAUGUCGGACCCAGACCUCAUGGCAUUGGCUGCUUGCCUGCCCCGGCUCCCUGCCUUGCGUCACCUGUCAUUUCAGGAGACUCCCUCGGAUGACUUCCUGCGGGCAGUGACACCCAAGUCCGCGCCCCGACUCACCACGCUGACUAUCUGGUGUGAGGAAGACUGCCUGCUGGCUUGGGUGCGCAGCACUCGCAUCCAGGACUUGCUUCAGAGAAACCCUCAACUUCACUUAAAAGUCUGGGAAGACCCCUAUGGCGACGAGGAUAGCGACCGCAUUAGUUGUGACUGUUGGUUCUGCGACAAAGAGCGCAUCCCCGUUUCGGCGUUUUCCUUGCACCGUCGGACUGCCGACUGUCCUCGAGGCUGCUUGCAGGUUGCCGAGCUUCCAUGUUCCUCCGUUGUUUCUGCUGUCUCCUCCAACGGGGAAUAAUGAGCCUGCGCAGUCACCACAUUUAGUUUGAACUUUUUUUUAAUUUUUAAACUUGUUAAAUGUCGUUGAAUGCAGUUCCUCUUAUAAAUGUUUCUACUUAUUUUCCGAAUGUAGAUCAGGUUUCCUGUAUGCUUCAAUUCCCUCACAUUUAGAUGUGAGAACAGAUCCAAUUUGUGAUCUAUAAUUCAGUUGUCGUAUUUAUGUAAUGUUUGGUCAGUUUUUAUAGUUAUGCCAUGUCGGAUAUUUUACUUGAUGUCUUAACUUUAAAUUCCAUCAUAGAAUCCUUUGUUUGUAAUGUUUCAAAGUCUGUUCCUUUGUUCCUUGAAAAGCCUUAAUAAACUUGUUCAAUAAAAGGUGCCAGA